GGCUCCUUCCACCGGCGUCUCCCUUACCGUCGUCCUCUACUGGUGCUGGACUGCCUUGGGGUGGAGAUUGGCUUGGAUCAACUCUUAUUUCAGGUUCUGUUGUUGUUGAGAAAAUGAGUGACAACCUGAUGGACAAGGUUAGCGCCUUUGGUGAGCGCCUGAAGAUCACCGGGACAGAAGUCAGCAAGAAGAUGACUGCCGGAAUGAGCUCCAUGAGCUUCAAGAUGAAGGAGUUGUUCCAGGGGCAGACUCCAGCUGACAAGAUUGUUGAGGACGCCACCUCAGAGAAUCUGGACGGGCCUGAUUGGAACUCAAACUUGGAGAUUUGCGACUUGAUCAACACAGAGAAGGUUAACAGUGUGGAACUUAUAUGUGGGAUCAAGAAGAGGAUCAUGCUGAAGGAUGCGAGGGUCCAGUAUCUCUCCUUGGUCCUGCUUGAGACUAUUGUGAAGAACUGCGAGAAGGCCUUCUCAGAGGUUGCGGCCGAGCGUGUUCUUGAUGAGAUGGUCAGGUUGAUUGAUGACCCUCAGACUGUGGUGAAUAACAGGAACAAGGCCCUUAUGCUGAUUGAAGCAUGGGGGAAGUCUGGUGAUGAACUCCGCUAUCUACCAGUCUAUGAGGAAACAUACAAGAGCUUGAAAUCAAGAGGAGUGCGGUUUCCUGGACGUGAUAAUGAGAGCUUGGCUCCCAUAUUUACUCCACCACGAUCAGUUGCCGAAGCUGAUGUUGACGCAAGCUUGCCCCAGCAGGCAUUCGAAGACGUCCAUGUUCAUACAUAUACUGCUGAAGAAACAAAAGAAGCAUUUGAUGUAGCUCGUAACAGCGUAGAACUUCUUUCAACUGUUCUUUCAUCUUCCCCUGAACAGGAUGCUUUGCAGGAUGACUUGACAGCCACUCUUGUGCAACAAUGCUACCAAUCUCAGCACACUAUCCAGAGGAUUAUUGAGACCGUUGGAGACAACGAAGCUGUGCUCUUUGAGGCCUUGAGCGUGAACGAUGAGAUCCAGAAAGUGUUAUCGAAGUACGAGGAGAUGAAGCAGCCCAGGGCCUCGGAGCAUGCAGAGCAGAGACCAGUUGUCAUACCGAUUGCCACAGAACAUGAAGAUUCGACUGCUAUCGGCAAUGAAGACGCCCUUGUCAGAAAACCAGCUGCUGCAAGAGCAAGGUCAGGUGGAGAUGAUGAUAUCCUUGAUGAUCUCGAUGAGAUGAUAUUUGGCAAGAAGGGAGGUAACAGCUCCUCCCAGGAAGGGCCGAAAAAGCCAGAUCCGAAGAAGGAUGACCUGAUCAGCUUUUAA